AACCCGAUGUGGGCGGGUCGCAGCUUCUCGUGAACUGAACAAGCGCCCGUCCGGUUACAUACGCUGGCUGGCACAAAGUGGAGGAUGGAUGCUGCAUCUUCCACUUUUUGUAAUUGUAACGCGGGCUUUCCAUGCUAUCUAUCGGCUUUUUACAUCGUCCCAUCCCAGACCUCCACAACCCUGCCAGGCCCCAAGUUGGAUGGCGCUCAAGGAACGCCCAGUUGGGGUGGUUGGUUUAACCUCAGGGAUAAAAUCUACUACGUACCUAAUGUACCUAGGUGCAGGUAUGGUUUGUUCCCGCUCACUCGCCCACGGGUACGUUCGCCUGUCAACCUACCUACGCGAGUUGUCCAUCCGCGCUUACCACCUGUCUUUUUUGACAACGAGCGAGCAAAGUCACGAGGUACCUUCAUCCUCCACCCACCUUCCAAGGUUAGUCCGGAUAGGGCGGGAAUGACAACAGUGUUGUAAUCAAGUUGCAUAAGGUGGACGGAGCUACUGUGCUCACUCUCCCUGUGCAGCGCUGGCGCAUGCAAUAUUGGCAGCCAAGCCCCUGGCGGAUGGACUUGUCUCUGUCAUGAUGAGAAUGAUGAUGAUAAUGAUCCAGCCAUCUUACUUGUAUGUACUGAGACUAAACAGCUUGGAUAGACUUGGGUUUUGCUGCCACGCCAAAAGCAAUCAAGUCUAGGUGAGUGUCCACCCGUUUAUGACCUCACCGACCGAGCUCGGGUCUUGGGUCUUGGAGGAGGCGCGCGACUACCGCCCACCAGGGAGUGAGUGUUCUAGAUUACAUCAUGGCAGACCGCCCGCUUACCACCUGAGGAAUUGUGGCUGGGCAAACUGGGGUUUGUAUUAUUGGACCCUGGAUCCAUCGAACUAGGGCGAACGGUCAGGUCGUCGCGGAAGCAAAAUUCGCCUCAAUCCAGGGAG